AUGUCAGUUGAAAGCCAAGAGAACCGAACAGUGGAGGUACUGGGGGUACCUGAGGAGGUGGAGGAUGAGCUGCUGUAUUUGUACUUUGAGAACAAGCGUCGUUCUGGAGGAGGUAGUCUGGUGUCUGUGGAGCUGGAAGGAAGCCGGGCCAUAUUACUGUUUGAAGAGGCAGAGGUUGCAGCAAGGGUCCUGUCUAAAGGACCCCAUGUCCUGCACAACGCUGAGUUGACCGUGAGGAAGCCUGCGUGUAAGGAUCCAUGGAGACUGUUGCUGCGGGGGGUUAACCCAACCACCAGUCAGGAGCUGGUGGAGCUGUAUGUAGAGAACAUGAUGGGAAUGGACAUAGACGAGUACACUCUGUACCCCUCACCUGGCAUGGACCUGGUCCUAGUACACUUCCGCCAGGCCUUCAAUAAAGACUUCCAGAAGCUUUUCACAAAGAUUUCUAAGAAGCCUCUGGAUGGAGCGCAGAUCAUUCUGGAACAGAUAGAUCAGACUGAUUCCAUCUUAGUGGAGAACCUGCACCCCAGCAUCACAGCAGACAUGCUCAAUCUGUACCUGGAGAGCCAACGGGGCGGGGGCGGUGGAGUUAAGGAAGUCACCAUGAUGUCAGAGGGGGUUGCCAGGGUCUCCUUCCUGGACUUUGACUCAGUGGAACGUGUCCUUAAACAAUCACACAAACUCGAGAAGAUGGAUCUGAUGGUCAGGCCUUACUUCUCCUUCCUCCAAUCAGAGGACACCUCCUCACCUCUGACCGUUCCCCUGACCCCUGUGAAUGGAACAUCCGAUAGUAACACAAUGAACACACCGCAGACAGACAGUGGUGGGCAAUCGCAGACUGUUUCUCUCCCUGCAGCCAGUACCAGUGACCAUUCUCAGUCCUCCCAUCAGGCUACCUCUGAGCCCCUGGUUCCCCUUCUGUCCCACCCUGUGUCCCAGGCAACAGCAGUCCAGGGAGGCAUGGAGGACCUAACAUCGAUCCCAGAGGCCAUGUCGAGCCACAUCCCCGUCCCUGACCCAGUGAAACUUGCGCUGCUCCUGCUCAGUCCCCUGCUCCAGAGCCUUCAGCUGGCCCACCCAGCUUGUAGCGUCCAGAUCAAGGAAGACGGGGUCCACAUGGCCGGGUCUGACCGGCUGGGGCUGGAGCAGCUGAAGAACGCUAUGUUGGAGUUCCUUGGGGGUGUGGCCCAGGCUCAUCUCACCUUUGACCCCGAGAAGGCCCACUUCCUGGCCAAACAGGAAGUGAAAGACAAGCUGCUGCAGACGUUGAAGGACAAGGGACUGCCUUCCGUGUACACAGUGUCGGACUGCGUUGUUGUGGUAACGUCUCCGUCUUUCAGCUUGGUGAGCCAGGCGUGUAGCUUGCUGAAGACCCUGCUGUCUGACUUUAGUAUCCCCGUGGACAGAGAGUAUGAGUGUAUGCUGUACGCCCAGGAGUGGACUGGCUUCCUCCAGUCUCUGGGUCUCUGCUCUGCUAAGGUGUCAGAGAGGGGACAGCUAGAUGUCCUGACUCUGAGAGGGUUGGAGGAGGAGAAGCAGGCUAAGAUAGUUGAGUUCCUCAGUACACCCAUUGAAACAGAGGCUAUCAUCUCUAUGGAGCCAGGCAUGUUGAAGUACAUCCAGACCCACCAUCAUCAGCUACUGGCUGAUAUGGACCAGGUGUCUAUCUUCCCUCUGGACGCACGUGGCGUCUGUGGACUCCGAAUCCACGGCAACGCAGGGGCGUGUCAAAUGGCUGAUGAGGUUCUGAGGGGCGUGGUGUCGUCCAUCGUGACCAGAACCAUCACAGUGAACGAACCGGGCGUGGCGCGGUUCCUCAUCCAGGAGGGAGAGGGGACCAGCAUCCUCAGGGAGAUGCAGGCUAAGUUCCAGGUCUACAUCAACAUGGAGAAGGUGCACUGGGAACCCCUGGAGAACGAGGACAUCUUUGAGGCUGCGUGGAAUAUGACGUCCCAUCAGAGCUUCCAGAGAAGGUCCUCAGAUGGUUCCUUACAGGCUUCCACAUCAGUUCUGACUCAUACUAACCAGACUUCCAACGACCUCUCAGCUCCAGACAUAGGUCUUCUAGAGGAAGCAAAGAGGCUGUUCUCAGCCAUAGAUGAGAUGGUGGACUCUGGCCUCUCUAGUCUGACCAGAACCACUGACAUUGAGGAGGAUCUGUAUACGGCCGGGGAACCCAUUGCCCCCAGCACCGACCAGGGCCCAGACAGAGACAGCAAUGACAUGGAGGAGCAGGCUACAGAGCUGCUAGUGGAGGGAGGGGGUAAUGAUGAUGAGGGUGCUCUUGCUCCUCUGGUUGCCCAGGACGGAGGGCUGUCCUAG